AUGAAUGAGGAACCGACAUAUCGUUCUUUCAGUGAUUUUGAGCUAUAUUCACCAGAUCAGAUUGUAAAAAUCCCAUUAUCAGGGAGAAGUAGUAUCUCUAUUUGGAGAAUUAUUGCUAUAAGCUUCUCCGUUAUUAGUUUCCAAAUUGCUUAUUCAGUAGAAUACGCUAUUUGCGGAUCAAUGAUGAAAAGUUUAAAUUUAUCGAACCUUUAUAUCACUCUCAUAUAUUCUACAGGUCCAAUUGCUGGUUUAUUCGUUCAGCCAAUUAUCGCUCAUUACAGUGAUAUUCUUAGAUCCAAAUUUGGUCGCAGAAGGCCAUUCAUCAUUGCAGGUGGAGUCUUUAUCAUUAUAGGAUUUGCCGUUUUAUACUACAUUUCAGAUAAACUUGAUAAUCUCACGAAAUCACAAAGAACUUCUCGAAUUGUUACACUCGGGGUAACUCUACUUGUCAUUAACAUAGCAAUCAACAUGGUACAAUCUCCUGCUCGUGCAAUUAUUGGUGAUUUAGUUCCAAAAACUCAGCAAGUUCUUGCAAACACGAUAGCUGCGAUGAUGAUCUCGUUUGCAGGCUUUAUAGGUAAUAUGACAGGUAUUGCUCUCCUUGCAAACAUAAAAACUCUAAAUAUGCAUCAAAUUACGAUUAUUACUGGCUCAAUUUUAAUUAUCUUAGGAAUAGUGUUAACAUGCAUAUUUGGCACUGAAGAAUCCCUCAAUGAAAUACCUGCUCGUGUUUCUCCAUUCAAAGAAAUGUAUUUUGCCAUCAAAACUAUGCCAUCUCCCAUUUCACAGUUUGCUUUUGUAUAUGGGUUUGCCUGGAUGGCUUAUUUUCCAUUCCAAAUCCUUAUUCCUGACUUUUUCGAAAAUGAUAUUUUUAAUGGCAAAAAUAUUCAAGGAAAUGAUUUCGGAAUGCUUGUUUUAGCUGUUUCCAAUGCUUUUGGUCUAUUGUAUCUCUUAUUCCAACCAAAGAUUAUUGAAAAAUUUCAUUCCAAGUACGUUUUCUUUGUUUCACAGGUUAUUGCCAUGAUAUCAUUAAUUGUUGGAUGUUUCCUUACUAACAAAUAUGGUUUAAUGUUCACUUACAUGCCAUUAGGAAUAUCAUUAGCUGUUUGCAACUCAAUUCCAUUUGCUGUCAUUGCAGUAACUGUUCCACAAGAACAGAUGGCUGUCUAUAUGUCAGUUAUCAAUAUUUUCGUUGUAAUUGGACAACAAUUAUCUCAACUCAUUGUUUGUGUAGGAAUAAUGAAGCUUACAAAUAAUACAGCUUAUACAAUUGGCACUGCUUCUAUUUUUGCUUUUGUUUCUGCAUGUUUGUGUUUCAGAAUCGAUUCAUCACUUUCACUUACUACAUAUUCUGAAUUUGAUUCAAGAGAUGUUAUGAAUGAUCCUAUUAAAUAA